AUGAUCAACUCCAUAUCUCCCUGUCUGAUGACCCGCCUGGCUAUAUUAUGUAGCAAAUCAUCUCCAUCCGAUGGAAUGAUACUCCGAGUAGAAGGUGGUACCGAGUCAGCAAGCAGAUCGGGUGAUAGAGGCGAGGGAGAUGGUGAAAAUGGUGGUGAUGAUGGUGCUGAACUUGCUUCCGCUCCCCCUCCUGAGCACAAUCACAGUCAUACUCAUCACUCUCAUGGUGGUUCGCACGAUCAUGAAUUAGGUGGAUCUCACGCCCACACCCAUCUUGCGGCACCGACUCACGAUCAAGGUAUUACUUCACACAGUCCUCAUGAUCAUUCGUCUUCUUCCGCGUUUGGUGGAGGAGGGGGACUCAGUCCGUCUUCUGCUGGAGGUAUGGGAGGUGGGAUGGGAGGGAUGUGA